AUCGACAGUUCUUGACAACAAUACUUCGAGAGAUGUGAGUAUCGAUGCCAUGCCCUUUUUUAGAAAGGAAAGAAAGGAAGGAAAGGAAGGAUGUUACGUUUUCGUUUACUUUUUCCAAAUUUGCAGCUAAUUUCACAUACCAAAUUGUCACAAAUUUAGGAAUUGUGUGUUAUAUCUUGAUACAAAUGAUACUUACACUUAUACAAGCUUUUAUUAUAACGUUCAUUUCAUGAACGAGUAAUAAAUAUACGAUCCAUGAAUAUGGAAAUCACACAAACGACAUUAGAAGACAUCAAAGAUGUUGCUGAAGCAUUGCAAGAUGAUGAAACGGAUACGUGGACUGAAUAUGAUGAAGAUGAUAUUGAAUUGAUGGAAAAGGAACAUAAAGAUACAGACAGAAGAGCUAAAUUUGAAGUUAUAGAAGAAAUAGGAAAAGAUGUGAAAGCGGAAUCAGAAAUUAUCGAUGAGACUGAUAUACUGGCUAAUUUUAUAACAGAACUUGAAGCGAAAAGAACGAAGGAAUUGGCAGCCAAGACUGAAGAGAAGAAAAAACGGUUGCGGCAUUUAAUUCAUGUAACUUAAGCGUGGUAACUUGAUAUAGCUCAACAUUUUAAUAACAUCCAGAAUGUCCUGUAUUUUAACAUUUUAAUGUUCCCAAUUCGAUCUAAGAUAUGUCACGAUCGCAAUAAUUAAGCUACCACAACGUGAAUCAAUGAUAGAACCGAUCUGCCUUUAAUUUUGAGUAAAUUUCUAAUCAAGUGCUAUAUGUUAUACAAGGCGCAGGUUAAACGGAAGAAAGAUGAUGAUGCGUCUGAGGAGACGCCGAUCACACCAGAAGAUGAAGAUAUUGUGAGUGAUCGAGUAUCCACUGAGAGUUCAAUUCAUCCAUGUUUACGCGAGAUAGACAUCAGUGAUUCACAGCUGCAACUAGUGAAUCCGUACACAGUGUAUCAGGUCCCGAAUGAUCCCGGAUUGCUACCAGCUUUCUGGCUGUUACGCGAGCGUCCGCCGAUGUAUAACCCGGAUGGUGUACAAAAAUUUUACGACACGGUAAAACGUACAGGUUUAAGACCGAUCGGUUUGUUGAAGGACAUGCUUUUAACCGAUCAGUUGAAUCUGCGGUAUUAUGGACUCGAGUCACCAGUAAUGAAAGCGAUCUGCGAGGCUUUGGCUGAUAACACUUUCGUACGAAAAUUAGAUUUAAAGGACAAUAAACUGUCCUUGGAUGCGUGCAAACAUCUAAAUGAUUUAUUGCUCAGGAACAACACGAUAACCGAUUUGUCAUUAUCUGGUUGCCGAAUUGGCACAAGCGGGGUAAAAAAAUUGUAUGACGCGAUAUCGGAGAACGCAACCCUGAAGACGCUUGAUCUCAGUAGCUGCAAUAUUGGAAACGAAGGCUUUGGAUACAUCGCGUCCGCAUUAUCCAAUAAUCAAAACUUGGAGUGCGUUAAUCUAUUCAAUAAUCAUCUAGAUGAGACGUGCUCGGAAAAUCUACAAGAUCUGCUCUCACAUAACAAAGGCUUGACGCACCUAGAUCUAUCUUGGAAUUCUCUGUACAACGCAAAAAUCUGGAAAGCCCUGUUCGAUGGAUUGAAGAAAAAUGAGACACUGCGUUUCCUGAAUUUAUCUUGGAACGCACUUGAUAGUGAAUCCGUGCCUCAUAUUUAUCAACUAUUAUCACGCUCGCAGAAUAUCGAGAAGCUGGACUUAAGUUGGAAUACAUUUACUGAACACGAUGCUAUAGUAAUCGCAAAAGCUCUAUCGAAAAAUAGUACGCUCCAGGAAUUACGUCUGGGAAAUAACCCUUUAAAAGCACAAGGUGCUUCAGCUUUAAUUCAUAAAAUUAUACCGCAUGUUUCGCCCCAUAGUGCUUUACGCCUUCUGGACUUGGAGAAUGUUUGGGCGAAUAAGGAUAUUCUCUACGAUUUGGAAAUAAUUAAAAACCUUAGACCGUGGGUCACGAUCAAAUUAGGUGGUAUUUUAAGCAAUUACCAGGUUGUUGGACCAAACGUUAGGAAAAUACUUGUGAAAAGAGCGAAUUACGAGGCAAUGCUGACGAAACAAAAGAGAAAUCAAUUCAGCUUCGGUCACUUCGUCAUGUCGUUGACAGAUGAAAAAAUAUCGCGAGAAAAAUUUAAGCAGCUAGUGCAGAAUUUUAAGUUAAAGCUUUCAACAUCACUUAUCGACGAGAUUAUGAAUGCAUUCAAGGGACCAAAUGACACUGUUGAUGAAGAAUUAUUAAAAUCAUUUUAUUCAGGAGAAUAUCCGGAAACGAUAGCUAUACCAUCAAAAUUAAAGAAAAAGAAAGUUCAGAUUAUUGAAAAUAGAAAAAACAAAAAGUAGAACAAUGAUACAAAAGUACAAGAAACAUAAAA